UACGAUCAAUUACAUCAAAAUUGGAAUGAAGGUAAACAAGAGUCAUGUGUACGGAAUUGCAAUUUCGUUUGUGCUAAUGCUGACUUUUUAGACACAAUGACAGGUUUGAAAGUAAAUAUUGUAAUAUUGGAACACUCUUCUUGUUAGGAGAUAAUUAGAGUUGAUAUCACGUUGCAGGAUAAUUUUUAUAGGUAUAUCAAAGGUCUAAAACGGAGUAUGUUACAAUAUUAAAUGACUCGCAUUCAAACAGUGGAUAUAUUGAUGCUAACCGAUAUGAACCAAGUGAUGAAAUAUUAAUGGCGUAAUGGAAUUAUAUUCUCUGGGAUAAAAAAAAGGCUGACACCUCGCAUACAACUAGGAAAAUGACAGUCACGGUUCCAAUGUAAUCUGACGAUCACUGUAAAUCUCUUAUCAAUUUGCGGUAUAAAUGGAUUUAAUAAAAUCAACUAUAUUAGGAAAGCAGAACUGGAAUAGUCCCGGAUCGCCCAUAAACAAUAUUACAUAAAAUUUCAAAUUUCAGUUCACGUAUGAAUUAUUGAUACUGUGGUUGGGACAUUAGGCAAUUAAGUUGACAUGUUGCAUGAAAGAUCUAUGAGCUAUGGGCUAUGUGCUAUAACCAAUUAUUAUUGAAAUGGAUAAAACUCGCUUUAGUUUUAAUUAUUCAGGCACAAAUGGAUUGAUCUCGUUGCAAACUUUGCGAAAUAUGUUAUCAGAUAAUAAAAUGUUAAGGCUUUUUCAUAAUUUUUAAAUUUCAAAGUCUGUGAUACGAUUUAAACUGGCGAGUACAGUGCGUGCCAGUUUUCUGAUAUGUUGUAUAGCAUUAACAACGUGAAAAAGACAAGCCGUUUAUAUUUGCUGUCAUGGAAUAUAUAAAAAAGAAAAGGUCAGAUGACGAAACGAAUAAGAAACCGGAAAUGAGAAUCCGGAUUAAUGUCGGUGGCACGGUUUUUGAAACUUUCCACAGUACUCUAGAACGGAUUCCGGGAACCCGACUUGCUCUUCUGCCAGUUCUUGGAGAAACAGACGACGCUUGGGACCAAGAUCGUGGGGAAUUCUUUUUUGACCGACAUCCGGGUGUCUUCUCCAUGGUGAUGCAGUACUACAGAAGCGAAGAAUUACAUACAGAUCAAAACGUCUGUGGAAAUAUUAUUCAAGGAGAGCUAGAUUUUUGGGGAUUGACUGAACUUGAUAUUGAACCGUGUUGCUGGGGACACUAUAGCAAGUUUAAAGACCACAGGGAAACACUAGCUGCCCUAGAUGACAAUUUCACACAACAAAACGACAUGGAAGUUUGGACAGAGAAUACGUCAAAUUUGCAGAAAUUCAAACACAGGGUGUGGCAGUUCCUAGAAGAGCCGUCCACUUCAAGGGGAGCAAAGGUAUACGCUGUUCUGUCGAUGUUUUUUGUAGUUUUGUCCAUCGCCAUUUUCUGCCUCGAGACAUAUCAUUGGUUCCGUGUUCCAAUCCCGGGCGCAAACGCGCACAACGCAUCCAAAUAUGAAACAUACUUCUCUCCCACCGGGGACCAGUGUAUACGCACAAAGCACGAAAGCGGACAGUACUUGUUUGAAGAAACAGAACCACAUCCGGCGAUGACGUAUCUGGACUAUAUCUGCGCAGCUUAUUUCACAAUCGAAUAUUUAGCUAGAUUCUUUUUUGCACCAAGCAAGUUCAAGUUCAUAAAAGGGCCAUUAAAUGUCAUUGACCUUCUCUGCCUAAUUCCCCACCUUACUGCCAUUAUCAUGGUCACAGUGGAUCCUUACGGGUCAUCCAAGGACACUAGUAAUUUGUUCAGGGCAUUUUUAGCUCUGCGCACCGUUCGUAUUCUUAGAAUUUUCAAACUAAUGAAGCAUUACAGUGCGUUUAAAAUACUGGUAUACACAAUAAAGGUGUCUACCAAAGAACUACUGCUGAUGGUGAUAUUCUUAUUUACAGGGGUUCUUAUAUUUGCCAGUAUCAUAUUUUACACUGAAAAUGAUACGUUUGAUAGUAUUCCUGUUGGAUUUUGGUGGGCGCUUGUUACUAUGACGACGGUCGGCUACGGGGAUAAAGUUCCAAAGACAGAAGGUGGUUAUAUAAUUGGGUGUGGUUGUGUGUUAUGUGGGGUACUCACUGUCGCCUUUACAGUGCCGAUUGUUGUGAAUAACUUUACGCUUUAUUAUUCCCAUGCCCAGAGCAGGAUCAAGUUACCCGUGCAUAAGCGAAAAGAAUUGAAGCGGAAAAUAUUCUUGAAAAAUAAGAAGUCUUUGGAAUUUUUACAGAGGUUUAAAUGGAAGAAAGACAAAAACAAACAAAAUUUCAAUGAAUUAGACGCUAUACAUACUCCUCGCGAUCCACCAUGUGGACAAGAAGCUGCGGAAGAGGUAAACACGCCACCAAAGAAUACUAGAGUCACGUUGCUGUUAAGCAAUAAUACAACAGUGCGACCAGGAACUGGUAAAGCAGUGUAUGAAAACGUUGUCCGAAAACCGUCCCUAGCCGAAUCAGAUAUCACUCCAGUAGAAACUCCUGAUCGGAUACACACGGUUUCCGAAAGUAUUGACUUUUCAAUUGCUGAAACUGUCAGCCUUCCUGGAACUCCGUCCGAUAUGAGCAGCUCAAACGAACAUCAUAUUGCUGAGAGUGAACAACUGCUGAACGAAUUUGCCGAUUUUGACAAGAAACGAAAGGAAGAGAGAAAACGCCAGCUAGAUCUGAUCAACCAGAAACGCGACCUACGCCGACAACAGUUAAACCAUGAACCAAGGAAACGGCCGCAUGUUGGAGCUGGUGCGAGUAAAUCAUCGAAUCUUCGAAACACUUAGCUGUUGCAAAUAUGUACAUUCUAUUCUUUUCUUAAAGUUUUACUUUAAAAUAAUUAUGUUUUCAAGAUGUUAAUGAUUCUUAUCAAAUGUACUGCAUGUUACACAUAACAAUCCGAAAUGUGUUCUGGAGGUUUAUCAGUGAAUGUGGAUGUUGAUCAACACUAUAUAAACAUAAUUGAGAAAUGGUAAUUAGACACAUAUCUAAACAUGCAUAAUAUAAAUUUACAUAAAAACCAUGAGCAAUAACUAGGUACAUUCAAUACGUUAACAAACUAUUAGCAAACUAAUUGUACAGAAAUGUUCAGGUAAACAAAAUUUUGAUGUACAAUAACUCCUUCAAAAAUAGAUAAACGUUUAUUAACGAACUCUUAAAGAGCUGGCCUCCUCUAACAUGAUGUAUACGAUAAACAAUUAUCAAUACCAGUAAUAAAUGUUCAGGAAAACAUGACUCACACACUUUCAUUUAGAUAGUAACUUCAAUAAAAGAGAAGUUGACAUAAGAUAAAAAGAUAUACCAAAAUAUCAAAAUAAAUAGCCAAAUUACAUUUUUGUUUCAAUUUUAUAUUUUGACAACAUUUGUAUGUAUUGCAUUUGCAACUCUAGUCAUUUAUUUUAGGCAGCAAUCGCAACAGAUCUAUUCAUGAGUUACCAUAAAUAGCUCAUUAUACAAUGUAUGGCGUAUUUAUGUUAUAUUUAAUUUCCGUCCAAUUUCCUCCUUCUGGUAUAGAUUUUUUAGAGAUUCAUAGAAUUUAAGCCUACGCAGGUCGAAGUGAUUCUUCUUUAUUACGGUCUAUCUUUUAAAUUUCUUAUUUGCAAAGCUGGAAAGUCAGCUUACAAAGACACCAGUACAUAGGAAAUUGUUAGAAUUAAAACAUAAUUCUACUUUAAGUUGUAAUGCCCAAAACAUGGAAACUCAUAUAGCAUGACUACAUAAAAUAAGGAAAAUAACCCUUCUCAUGCUGGACACGGUUGAUACAGCCUUUACGACAAGUGCAGAUUAUGACCAGUCUGCACAUCCGUGCAGUCUGAUCAAGAUCUGCACUGUUCGCCGUUUUGGUAAGCAACCCUUUUAACAGUUGAUGGUAUUGUCCAUAUUGAAAGAUGGACAAGUUCAUUACAGAAAUUUAGCAGGGUAAGAGAUAAUAAACAUAGGGAAAAUUUACAUGACUUUUAACAGGUUUAGAAACAUUUAAUUCAUAAAAUAUAUGGAUUAUAAUUUACUGUAAAUCGCAAAAUCGAAAAAGAAGAUCUACGUAGUAUACAUGGUCUGUUUCCACACCAGUCUGUUUAUCGAUAACCGAAGAACUGCUUCCACCUAUUUGAACGAUUUUUGCAUUUAUACCAAAGUGUUUGUUCGCUAUUUGGCACAACAUUUUAUCGUUUUCCAUUGUCCUACUGUGAGAUUCAGAUAUUCUAUAACAGACGUGUCCGUGUUCUUCUUUUUUACGCAUUCAUAAAAUCUAGCUUCCUUGUUAUACACAUCCAUGGAAGCAGGUCCAUGGGAAUGCUGACAUUGGAAAAUACUUUAAGUUAUCACUGAUUAUAUUUUGAUUGAAUGAUCUAAAUAGAAUAUUUUAAGUUUAAAAUUUUGAGCACAAGUAUAAAUUGAAUUUGUAAUCAGAAAUAAAGAUAUAUUUCGACAAAGCUACUUGCGAUCAAUACAUGUUUUCCUUGAUUCUGUUAUAUUAUCUCGCAUUUUUAUUUGAAAUAGGUAAUUAAAAGGUGAUCGCUUAAUAUUGUGAAGAUCGAAACUAGCGACAGUUAAAAUCUAUCGAUUAUUAACAGAGUUUCGGAAGAUGAUUUAUCAGGACUUGGUUAUCGAUAAAUUCAUGUUCCUAUAUCCUGAUUUAUGAGAAAUCAGACGCUAACUGACAUAAUUAUGUUAUGAAAAUCCUACACGUAUUGAAGGUUCUUUAAAGUGCAACAUUUACUAAUUUAGCAGAGCAUAAUCAAAAUUUAGCAUUUUGAAGUACUUUUGAAUUUCAUACUGAAAACGUUGUUGAAAAUGUGUCCUGAACAUUAAAAGAAUGCCGGCCACUCUUACAUGUAUUAAGGUUACAUAGAUAUUUGUUAUAUAUGAGCCGCACCAUGACAAAACCAACAUAGUGCGUUUGCGACCAGCAUGGAUCAAGUCCAGCCUGCACAUCCGCGCAGUCUGGUCAGGAUCCAUGCUGUUCACUUUCAAACCCUAUCACAAUUAGAGAAACUGUUAGCGAACAGCAUGGAUCCUGACCAGACUGCGCGGAUGCGCAGGCUGGUCUGGAUCCACGCUGGUCGCAAACGCACUAUGUUGGUUUUCUAAUGGCGCGGCUCAUUAUUACGUGAGUGUCUGAUAAAGUGAGGCGAAUAAUCUUUUUUACCAGUGUGACAUAACUACUAUUCUAAACAUACGUUAAGUUCCUGAGACAAAAAAAAAAGCGUUUUUUAUGUGUUAUAGCAAAAUACGGAAAAAAGUAAUAAAUUGACUUUGAAAUCUAAAGAAAAAAGUUUUACAUUAUCCUUGGAAAACUUGGGCAUUUCCGGGGGAAGAAUGAAGGCAGGUUUAUUGUUACUAAAAUGAAUUCCUUUACUGUUUUACAUUUAUUAAAAUUGAUAA